AUGGUUGGACUCGUCUCUUCUUCCCCUGUAAAGGUCGGGGAUCAGUUGGCUGAUUCCGACCAGCUGAAAUUCUGUUUUGGGAGAAGAGGCCGACCCCCACCUCGCUACAGCGAGGAAGACUUCAUUCCAGAACUUGAAUAUGCGCCUACUGUAGAACAGGCUGGAGCUCUUGAUUUACUGAAGGAGCUUAAAAAUAUUCCCAUGACCCUUGAGUUGUUACAGUCUACCAGAAUUGGAAUGUCAGUGAAUGCGAUACGCAAGCAAAGCACAGAUGAAGAAGUUACAUCGUUAGCAAAGUCUCUUAUCAAGUCUUGGAAGAAACUGUUAGGUACUCUGAAGAACUUGUGCAAAAUCUCAUAUGAGAAUGUGGAGGCUUUGAAGUUUGGUUAUAAAAUGAUUGGUGAAGAGAAAAAAACCGAUGGACCUUCAACUGAUAAAGAUGCUGACGAAAAGAAAAAGGAGCCUGCAUCUUCCUCACAAAACAGCCCUGAAGCAAGAGAAGAAAGCAGUUCAAGUAGCAAUUCCAGCAGCAGGAAGGAGGAAGGUAGUGCUCCCUCAAAUUCUUUCAUCCCUUCUUUUCCCCGGGCUCCAAGCACUUCGGAUUCCGUACGUGUGAAAUGUAGAGAAAUGCUCUCUGCAGCUCUCAGAACAGGAGAUGAUUACAUUGCUAUUGGUGCUGAUGAGGAAGAGCUGGGUUCUCAGAUUGAAGAAGCUAUUUUUCAAGAAUUAAAAAACACUGAUAUGAAAUACAAAAAUAGGGUACGAAGUAGAAUAGCGAAUCUCAAGGAUGCAAAGAAUCCUAAUCUAAGGAAAAAUGUGUUAUGUGGGAACAUUCCUCCUGACAAGUUUGCCAAAAUGACAGCAGAGGAAAUGGCAAGUGAUGAGCUGAAAGAAAUGCGCAAAAAUCUGACCAAAGAAGCGAUCAGAGAGCACCAGAUGGCUAAAACAGGAGGUACCCAAACUGAUCUGUUUACAUGUGGCAAGUGCAAAAAGAAGAACUGUACAUACACCCAGGUUCAAACCCGCAGUGCUGAUGAACCCAUGACAACGUUUGUUGUCUGUAACGAAUGUGGAAACAGAUGGAAGUUCUGUUAGAAGAAGAAAUUGUCAAGACAUCUGGACCAGUAUGAAAGAGGAUUUUGUAAUUAGCUUUAAAAACUAGGCUAAGCAUCUAGCUUCCUGCAAAUGAGAGGUUUUUUGGGUUUUGUUUUCUUUUUUUUUUUUUUUAAAGCAGCAUACAUGCCUGAAGUUAGCCUUUGUUUUGACACAACCAUCAUUUCCUUAAAUGCCUUCCUAUAGCUGAUAGUCAGUAGGGCCAGGUUGCUCAAUUGUAUGGUGAAUGUUAAAAUAUUUUUUCAUUUUUAUAAGUAAGUUGACAUUAAACUUUUACCAAUUAAACAUUUUGGUAAUUGGCUUGGUUUUUUCUAACUGUGUGAAUAAUAUACUGUAUUUUUUGCGAUCUGAAACACACAUACUCCUCCUAUAUGUAUUUUAUCUCUCCAUGCUUGUUCAGUUGUAAGAAUGGAAUUUGUUCCUUGCUGCUGUGUUCACUAGUUUUGCAAACAGAAAAAGUGUUUAACCUCACCUAAUUAUGUUAAACUCAGUUGUUAACUAAUUCACAGUUUAGUUAACUCUAGUUUGUACAUACUGUUUCUGAAUUGGGACUGAAUUUGUGGUCAUGGGGUUUGGAAAUUUAUUAAUGGAUAUGAUGACCUCUUUUGCAGUGGUUGGUUAAGCUUGUUUAUGUAACCAGCUUUGAUCAAUGCAAUAUCUUUUAUUGCCCAAAGCAUGUAUUUUACAUUCUAUCAGUAGGUAUUAUUUCUAGGAAUGUCUUAAAAUAGUCGGUUAAAUCUGAUUUGAGUGUUCAGUUUUGCCUAACGUGCUUGACAACCAAAUUUGAUUUAGACUUUGUAAAUAAGCAAAGGCGUUGUGUUGUAGGCUGUCCUAGUAACAUCAGAUAACCAGUUCAUCACCAUAUAAACUGGCUAGGGAGGUAAUAUUAAAUUCCUUUGUAUAAAUGACAAUAAUUUUGUUCAUUAACUGAAUUUUGAGAUACAGAGUAGCCAAUGUCAAUCAUAGACCUGCAGGUGAGAAUAAAUUAUUAAAGUUAUGGUCUAUUCCAUAUGUGGAAUGAUACAAAUACUGCUUUGUUAGAGCCUGCUUUUUAACAGUGCACAUGCUUAGAAGUAUUUUCAAAUGUUCUUUCAAGGAAAAAUAUGUCAACAUCUUUAGAAAAUA